GAAUCGUCAGUAUAGCUCAGUCAUCGUUCGCGUCAUUAUUGUCGUUAUUGCUGUCGUGUGAUUCGAAUGAUUGGCGGUGAGCGAUAGCAGCCGCGGCUCCGGUAAUUUUUCUCAGUUCGGAGCUAGAGUUCGACUCAAUUCGGUGUCAUUCGAUUCUCGAGAGAGGACGAGUCGGCCUUUGCAACGAAACGGCAGGCAGUCGCCAACCGUCGUCGGCCAAGCGCGCUUCGACUGAUUCCGAGAGUGAUUCUGGGAGUGUUUUUACUGCGAGAAGAGAAUACACAUCUUAUCGCGCGAAUAAAUAAAGAAGAGUGAUACCGCAUCUCGAAAGAGCAAAUAAGGAGGAGAAUAAAAAUACUGCACUCUCGUUUGUUAAACGUUGGAGGAGGAAAUAUGUCGACGGAGGAGAAAUUUAACGCUGCCGUAAACGUCAUCAGGAAUCUGCCGAAAAAUGGAGCGUAUCAACCUAGCCACGAGAUUAUGCUGCGUUUUUAUUCAUACUACAAACAAGCGACCGAGGGACCCUGCCAACAAUCCAAACCUGCAUUCUGGGAGGUAAUCAAGAAAGCCAAAUGGGACGCAUGGUCGCGUCUUGGUAAUAUGAGUCGUACGGAAGCUAUGAAUAAUUAUGUGGAAGAACUGACAAAAAUUGUCGAAACUAUGUCUUAUACGGAUAAUGUGGCAACGUUUCUCGGUAGUUUGGAUUCAUUUUAUGAAAGUGUACCGGCAGAGGAUUUGGAAUUGCUCGUGGGACCAGUAUUGGAGCGUAUACGCUCCCAACCAGGAUCGCCAUUGUCUGGUUCACCAUUAGCAUCUAGAGAAACAUCACCUCAUAGAGUUUGCAGCACUUCUCGACACAUAACGAGUAGUUUGGAAACUAGUCCGACCAGCAGUCGCACUGCAAGCCCACUGCCACAAGACACUGAUGGCGAAGAAGAAGAAUUUAUAGAUACAGUUGAGUCAGCACCAGAGAGAAUGCAAAAAGAUGCAUCUAAAUCCACUGUUCCUCCUCAAAAGGUACAAACUACAAUGAAUAACGGAAUUGAUCAUUCAAAUACAGAGAAUGUUAUAAAAGAGAAUACUGAAUUGGUUAAUGGAUACAGUAAUGUUAAUGGUCACAUGGAAACGAUACAGGAAAGUCAACGAGAGAGAGGUAGACAAAGAACAAAAAAAGACGAUAAUAAAAUCAACGCCGAAUUUCUAAAUCAAGUCGCGACAACUAUGCAACAUUUACAGAGAGAUUUGGACCGAAUAACAGCUAGAGUGCGAAGCUUAGAAGGACAAGCUUUGCAAGCAAUGGCGCCGCAAACGGAAAACACCGUUAGACGUAUAUAUGCGAGAUGGUGGCCGUUGCAGGAAUGUUCGCCACGUUUAUUCGCUUUAUUAAUUUUAUGGCCAUUUGCCGCUCAUCUGCUAAUCAAUUUUACGCAGCGCUAUCGCCAACGAAGACUGUGAUGCUACCGCCGUUCUUACACGGCUGAAAACCUAUUUCCAUUAUUCGGAUUACUAAUGUUGAGUUAUAAAUAUAUAUUUUUUAGUUUUAUAUUUCUUAUAGAGAAAAAAAGCGCUCUCCUAAUUCAAUCUACGAUUACAUUAGUAAACGUGAAUUGUGAUAAAACUUGAUUAGAUUAAUGUAUAUUUUUAUAUACGUGGCCUGUUUCGAAAGUUGCAGAUUUUCUUUUACAGAUACAGAGUGAAUAAUAAUAGAUCAAUCAAAUCUCAGCAAAUCUUAGAAGUCUUUGAAAGACAUUUUUAUGUACUAAGAAAUCAAACUUUCUAAAUGCAUAAUUUGCUAAUCUCACAUAUUUUUAAAAAAUAAUGCAAUGUAAAAUGCAAAAAAAUUUAUUUAUUUUGUAUACUUAAUAAUUUAAAUUUUUUUUGUAUUUUGAUUCGUAAUAAUAUAUCUGACAGUUUCUUAUAAUUUUUUAUAAAUAUUGUUAUUCAACAAAAAUUAUGCAUGCAAAAUAUAUGUAGGUAACUUAUUCUUACUUUUUUUGUUAGUCUAUUUUUUUAUGUUUAUGUGCAGAAAAGAGUACGCAACUUUCGUUACAAAAUAAAAAAAUAUAAAGCUAUAGUUCAAUGGUUUCUAAGGUGAAUUGUGUAUGUAUUAUAAAUAGUUGUAUAUUCAAAAAUUGUAAUAUAUACAAGGAAAACAAAUCCUUUUGUACAUGUAAGCAUAUAUAGUUAUAAUAGUUAUUAAUAUAUGUACUUGACUUGUAAUGUAGAUGUUUAAGAAAAUGGGGGUUUUUAAAGUAUAUCGGCGUUAUGGCCACAUCAUUAUUAAUGAACGAUCCAAGGAAUUUAUAUAUCAAAUGAUUAUGGUGCAUAUGUGCAAUGUGAACAAAUAUACAAGUUUUUAUUAUUA